AUGAAAAAAGAAUUAAAUAAAAAAGAAUUUAGUUUCCCACCAGAGGAAGAAAUCCAAAAAGUAAUUAAAAGAUUUUUGGUUCCUAACUAUCACCGUGUAAAUAUUGGUUUAAAACCUGAUGCUAGUGAGUUAGACAAAACCAAGUAUGAAAUUUGCCAGUCAAUCUCUCGUUAUAAAAGAGUAAAUAAACUUACUCCGAAUGAAUUGAAACUCAAAAUUAGUAAGGUAAAACUAGACCAUAUUUUGUUUGGUAGAAUUACUGAAUUUAACUUGGAGGAAUUAGUAUCCUAUACCGAGAAACUAAACGGAUGCAUGGAAGUAAAAAUUAACUAUGAUGCCCGUGCUUUGUCCCCUUAG